CGGCGGAGGAUAAUCCACUGAACGGUCGCGUUCUUCCACCCGAUGACCCCUACGCCGGGCGGAGUCGCAAUCUCCCCUCGGUGAAUUUAGAAAUGCACGACAUGGUGGACAACGGAACUGGACACAACCUCUACGGCACGUCAACCCGCACUGACCGCCACUUAACACUGAGGCACAGGCGCGACGCCAGCCGCAACGGCUACGAGUACUUCAAGCAGCUCAAGCAGCAGAUCAGUUGUGGCUUUGAGGGCGACGGCGAUGGUCAGUCGGUGGAGAGCCUACGCUUCGAGGAUAUCAAGGAAGCGCGACAGUUUCUGGCCACCAUACGUGUCCGCAGGAAAAAGUCUGCGGCCAAGAGAAACAGCCUGAGCGACACGGUGGAGGUCCUCCUCCCGGGAGAUGAGAGUCCUGGUGGAGGGGACGAAGAGGACGCGUACGAGGAGGUCGGUCUGCCCAGCACCAGGCAGAGGACCAAAUGUUUGACCGAGAGGCUCAUCAAGGCCAGGCAGGAGAGGUCAAUGAAAGAAAUAUCCAGAAGUACUAGGAG